GGAAUUCUGCUGCCAAGUGGAAUCCAAUACAAAGAAGACAAUUUCCUUCUGUUUAUUAAUAUCGUAAAAAUGCAUCUCCCCAUUUUUAUUUUUUAUUUAUUUAUUUUUGUUUGGGUGCUUGCUUAUGAGUUUAUUUGUAGAGCUUUUCAACGUCCCACGAUGCUUCUCUCGACACUUCCACUCUUCAAUUAUAUCUUCCAUAAAUACUGUCUCCACUUCAUCUCCUUGAGGAUUCACUUCUCUUUUUCAUCAAACCCAUCUUUCCUAAUUCAACAAAAACACUUGUAAAUCAAAACCUUUCUCGAUCUAACAAUUUCUUAUACAUAGAAAUCAUGGUUCUUGAAACAUGGUUGAUCAAAGUGAAAAAAACAAUAUCACAUAGUUUUGAUGCUGUACGUGCCACCCCACCUGUUACAAAUAAGCCCAUAAUCAAGAAAUCUAGUGUUGGAGUUUUGGCAUUUGAGAUUGCCAGUCUUAUGUUGAAGCUACUUCACCUCUGGCAAUCUCUUACGGAUAAGAAUAUAGCGCAAAUUCGCAGAGAAUCGAUAUGGCUGGAAGGUGUUCGUAAAAUUGUUUCAAAUGAUGAUGCGUUUUUACUCGGUGUGGCGUGUGCUGAAAUAGUUGGAAAUCUCAAGUUGCUUGCGGAAUCGGUAUCCAGGAUAAGUAAAAGGUGUGAGGAUUCAAAUCUUAGGGAGUUUGAGCGCUUGUUCGAUGAAUUCGCUAACACGGGACGUGAUCCUCAUAAUUGGCUUCUCAGUUUGAAUGAUGUGGAGGCCAAGAACAAGAAAAUGGAUGGAUAUGUUACUGCAACAGCCACUCUCCACAAAGAAAUGGAUGAGCUUGUAGUUAUAGAGAAUGGAUUGAAGAAAUUAUUGCACAAUACUAUAGAUCAUGAUGCUGCAAUCAAACAUCAGAAGAUCAUUGAUUUGCAACAGAAACUUCUCUGGCAAAGACAAGAAAUCAAGUAUCUAAAGGAAAAGUCUUUAUGGUGUCGAAGUUUUGACACUGUUACCUCGUUGCUUGCUAGAUCUAUUUUCACAGUUCUUGCAAGGAUCAAGCUCGUUUUCGGGCUGGGGCAUGGGUAUCCAACUUCACUUCCUCGUAUUCUCUCGGCCUCGGCCACAGUCUAUCCUUCGGAAAACCCAAAUACAUGCACCUUUGUAUCUGGUCCAUUGAUGAAAGACCCUCCUAAACUCCAAGAAAAUGAAAGUUUGACUCCUGGGUUUUUCGAGUUAAACUCCAAGAUUCUUAAACCACCUUCAACUACCUUAGCGGCUGCAGCACUUGCAUUGCACUAUGCAAAUUUGAUCAUUGUUAUGGAAAAGAUGAUUAGAUCACCACAACUUGUUGGAAUUGAUGCAAGAGAUGAUCUUUAUUCAAUGUUACCGAAUAGUAUUCGAUUCGCUUUGAGGGCUAGAUUGAAAGGUGUUGGAUUUUCAGCCAGCGAUCCAGUUCUUGCUGCAGAAUGGAGAGAAGCCUUGCACAAGAUAUUAGGAUGGCUGUCGCCAUUGGCACACAACAUGAUCAAAUGGCAAAAUGAAAGGAGCUUUGAACAGCAAAAUUUGGUGCCAAAAACAAAUGUCCUUUUGCUACAAACUCUAUAUUUUGCAAAUCAAGAAAAGGCUGAAGCUGCCAUUACUGAGUUGCUGGUAGGUCUCAAUUACAUUUGGAGGUUUGAAAGGGAAAUGAACGCAAAGGUCUUAUUCCAAUGCACCAACUUUAAUGGAUUCUUGAAUUCCAAUUAACCUUCUCGACUUUGAAUUUUUUUCUUUUUUUUUUUUGCCCCUUAAAUCAUGCUUCUGAUUUUGUUAUUCAUAUCUUAUACUGAACCGAACCCUUCUUCCAGAUCUGUGAGGAUAGUUUUGCUUCUAUCCCCAUCCGUAUAUUGUAAAAUAAUUGUUGUGAUUGAUAAGAGUUGAAAAAGAAUCAUGGAACAUUUGGAUCCAGAUAUUGAUUAGGCUCAUAAAGGAUCCAGUUGAACAUUAAAUAUCAGAUUGGCAGUUGUGUUAU